GAGUAAUUUCGUGUCAGGACCUUGGGUGCAGUGUUUAUUUUGAUUGUUGAAGUUUUGUACUUUUCCUACCCGUUUAUCGCAUAGAAAUAUUUUUUACCGUAGGUGUACGAAGAUCAAGUCAAAACAACACGCAAUGUCAAAUGGUGAAAAUGUUUAAAUUUAAAAGAAGGUUUACUCAAUCAUGGAAUGACUUGUAUUGGUGCGGCUACGCGUAAAAGAGUUCUCUGCAUAUCGUCCCCAACACUUACAGUAACGGAGGAAAUAAAACCGUUUUCUUCGUGUGUAACGCCGGCAGGUGAUAACGAAAGUAUUGCAUGCAUAUUGAAUAAACCGUGAAUUGAGGUCUGACAUAAGAUAACCUUGUAUUAAUUAAAAUAUUUUAUUUAUUAUAUAACCACCAUUUUUUUAUGAUCUUCUUUGAACUGGCAAAAUUAACUUCAUAAUCACGAUUUUAUGGAAACCUUCCAAAAGCGAUACUUCCAACACAGCCUUAAAGCAGCAUGAAAACUUUGUGUGAUGAUGCGCCAGCUGUCAAUUUCUAUAAUAAAUACAAAAUUAGACAAUGAAUUGUUUACAAUUAAUAACCUAUUCGCAAAUGACACACAGAAUGAAAAAAAAAAUAAAUGUUUUGAUUUGAAAGUUGCAAUCGUUCAGUUGGUCUUCAGAAGGAGUUUAGACCUAGAUAACUACUUUGCAAACUUGGCCAAACGUUAGGUCUAUGUGUACGAGAAAUUAGAAAUUUUAUCAUCGGAUUUCAGUUCCCUAUGCUUGUUUGUCUAGAUCUGUCUAUCUGACCGGAUAAAUUACGCACGUGCUCAACAGGAAAAUUUUUCUUGAACCAAAAUGAGUGACUCAUUAUCCGGUUUUGUUUUUUCAAUGAAAUUUAUUAACAUUCACAUUUAAGGCAGACUUGUCACUUGUGAUCACACUCGAUUCGAAAAGGACGAUAAGCUAUUCCAUUGAUGCGAUGAAUUUUGUUUCCUUGAGUUUUCUUUCCAGUUUGCUGUUCUUAGCCUUCUUUGUGACGAAUCAAGUUUCGGCAAAGCCUGGGAACAGUAAAACUAAACCUAUCAAGACAAAGAAAUGUAACAACAUUUAUUUCUACGAGGCACCAAACAAGAAGAUGGAAACUAUGUUAAAGGAUAUAAAGAAACAGCUCGCCCACAUGCAAACUGACAUCAACAUUCUCAAAGGAAAACAGGACCCGAAAGCUAAGAGGAACUGUGCUGAGCUUUACAAAUCUGGUCAAAAAGUCAGCGGAGUUUACGCCAUCGAUCCUGAUGGUUCAGGUGCCUUCAAUGUCUUCUGUGACCAAACCACAGCCGGUGGAGGAUGGACAGUCUUCCAAAAGAGAUUGGAUGGCUCUGUUAAUUUCUAUCGCGGCUGGGCUGACUACAAGAAUGGCUUUGGUAACCUGAAUGGCGAGUUUUGGCUGGGGCUCGAUAAGGUAAACCGCCUGACAAGAACAAAGAACAAGCUUCGAGUCGAUCUGGAAGAUACUACAGGUAAAAACGCUUAUGCCGAAUACGACCUGUUUGCAGUGACAAGUGAAAAAGCUAAGUACCAGUUGAGUCUUGGAACCUACUCAGGUACUGCAGGUGAUUCCCUCUCUGGGCAUCGUGGUUCUCCCUUCACAACCAAAGAUCAGGACAAUGACAUCUCGAGCAGUAACUGUGCUGUGAACUUCAAAGGAGCUUGGUGGUACACAAAUUGUCAUGUAUCAAACUUGAAUGGUGUUUAUCAUCAUGGGAAGCACUCUUCAUAUGCUGAUGGAGUCAAUUGGUAUUCUUGGAAAGGAUAUCGUUACUCCGCCAAGAGAGCUGAGAUGAAAAUCAGACCAGUAAAGUUUUAGUACUCACUGUCACUUGUCUUGAGUACUAAACUGAACCAAGACAAAAUAAGAGUUAAAAGAGAAAUGUCAAGCUUCUUUAGAGCUAUUAAAGAGUUCAAAAGGUC